GUUCCGCCUUCCCAUGUUCGCUCACGCACGGCAGACACAGCAGAGGUGAAGGAGCGCCUGGUUUGGACUGCAGAGCGGAGAAUAUGCGCUCAGUUUUCGGACUUAUAGCUGUAGUUUUUACAGCCAGCCUCUAUCUAUAUUUACUCUCCCAGUAUCUCCCCCCUGCACCUCGGCGACGUGCUCCUCCCGCUGCCGAAGCUGAACAUGUGGAGACAGAGCAGCCUUUGCAGAAGCCAGCGGACGAGCCGAUCAGAUUAAAGUUCCCGUCUGACCUGGAGGAAUUGAGGGAGCUGGCUGAGCUGCUGCAGUUUUAUAAGACAGAGCACACUGGAUAUGUCCUGCUUCUAUUCUGCAGCGCAUAUCUCUACAAACAGUCCUUUGCCAUUCCUGGCUCCUCAUUCCUGAACAUUCUGGCGGGGGCUAUAUUUGGACUCUAUGAAGGCCUGUUUCUCGCCUGCCUGCUCACUACAGUGGGCUCCACUCUGUGCUACCUCCUGUCCCAAGCUUUUGGAAAACGCUAUAUUGUCAACUUCUUUCCUGACAAAGUCUCCACACUGCAGAAGAAGGUGGAGGACAAUCAGGACUGUCUUUUCUUCUUCCUACUCUUUCUGAGGUUUUUUCCGAUGACGCCCAAUUGGUUCCUGAACAUGUCUGCUCCCAUCGUCAACAUCCCAAUCACCUUCUUCUUCGGUUCUGUUCUCAUCGGUCUGCUCCCGUAUAAUUUCAUCUGUGUCCAGACGGGGGUGAUGCUGUCUGAACUCACCUCUCUGGACGAUCUGUUUUCGUGGGAGAGGCUGCUGCAGCUGCUGGGCAUCGCCUGCGUGGCUCUCCUGCCCGGUGCCCUGAUCCGCCGCUUCAGCCAGAGGAAACUCAAACUGGACGCCCCCGAACAGAACGGCAUCGUGGACAAAAAAGUCCAGUGAAAAAGCUGAAAUCCUCUGUGGACUUUUGGACUUGAAUGUUUUUAUUGUGUCUCUCCUGGAAGCCUUUGUUUUAGGUUUAUUCAGCGUUUACAUUGAAGCACAUUACAGGAGAGAGAGGCGGAGAGAGAAGGAUUUUAAGAUGUAUUUUUAUGCACAGAUGUUGGCUCAUGUGUUGCCAACAUUAUAUGCCAAGUGAACUGUUUGUGUAUGCCCGUGUGUACAGCAAAAUUAAGGGAAUGUUUGUGGAAAUUUCCUACAUUACCAAACGUUUUUGGUAUUUUUGGUGAAAGUGUUUCAAAGUGCCUGUCAUGCAGCAAUGGACUCUUGCCUUCUACCUCAAGCUCAGUUAAAGGUGCACUGUGUAACCUUUCUGGUGGAGGAUCCGUUACCUGCUUGUUUCUAUGGAUAUGUUAUUGCUAUUACUCUGCCUGGAAUGUUCCACAGUAUGGCAUUAAACACCUCUACCUUACUUGCGUGGUCUUAUGGCUCAAAAUUAUCCCAAAAAACAGGCAUUCUGACUGUGAGCGGGGUCGCCUCUCCACAGAUCUGACUUGUAACUUGGUCUGGUUUCUGUGGAGAAAAGCAUUUGAUGGACCCUCCACCAGAAAAGUGACAACACACAGUUAAGUGGCAUUUGUCGUGACCCAUAUUUGAGUUCAGUGUGGGGAGGGUGGGGUGUAAGAGGCACCUGUUGUGGCUUGGACUGACUAUAGCUAUUAUCACUAACAUGUGAAACCAAAACAAGUAUUUGGACCAAAAUGAUUUCUGAAAGUAUUUGUGCGCUUUCAGAACUGCAGGUGUGAAGAUGCAACACAUUUUAAUUAAACAGUCAAACAGUUAAAAAGUUUGUUCUUCAGCAAAUUGUUCUUGUUGUUGGCUCCGCUACCAGUUUCUCUUCCUCCCUUUGACUUUCAAACACUGACGGCCAAGUCCAGUCCAAGUCAAAGAUUCCACUACAUAGUUUAUUUGUGAGGCAUGGUUGAUUUGUUCUUCUGUUUUUUUGGUUAAAAAAAAAAAGCACUUGAUGUAAAUGAUCAGUUGGAGCCCAUUGCUGUGUCUGAAUACAUGUUGCCAUAAGAGGAAGCGUUUCAUAUGUGAGUACUUGUAACUUGUGACAAAAGCUUUGUGAUUCUUGUGUGUCUUCAUGUCCAACCUGCUGGAUUUGUCUUUGAAAAGUGAAUGUGUUUUUACAGUGGAACAUUUGAGCCUUUAAUUAUACUCAAACUUAUGAGAUGUGUAGUGUAAAAAGCUUUUGCUUAUUUACCUGAUGUGUUUUUACAUGUUUGGAAGUCCUACCGCCGAAACAGGUCAGGUUAAACAAGCUUUUUAGAGCUUUUUGGAAGAAAACAAAGUUUGUUAUAAAAAGACAAAAUAAAUUUCCUAAAUGGAACUUUAAUUAUACUCCCUUAAUAGUAAUAUUUGUCUAUUUUCUGCCUUUACAUUUCAGCAAACCCUUGAGUUGCAUUUUCUGUAACAUAUUACACAUUUGGGAUGUGAAAUUUGUGGUAUGAAAUAUCACAAAUGGUAUAACACCUUUUGAGGUGAAAAUAUUGAAAUAAUAAAACAGAAAAACUGUGA